AGUUUCGAGCUCUUGCUUUUCUUGCUAAGGACCGUAUUUCCGGCAAGAGAAGAAAGGAAUAUGAACAUUGUUUUGACUUAUUCAAUGAUCUUGAAAAAAAGGCUGUCAUCAAAUGCGGAACGGGAGGAAAAAUCAACUUGGGGUUCUUAGAGCAGGCGUUUUAUCUUAUGGGAAGAAAAGAUCUUGUGUCAUUAAUCACACCCAGAGUUGGAGAAGGGCCGUUGGAACAUUCAGACGAAUGGACAUUUGUAAGCGAGAGAAGAAAAACGCUAUACAAUGUGGGAGAAGAAAUCGGACAAGAUGAAUUAAAGAAGUUGAAAGCGCUUCUGACCGUUGAAUUAAGGGUCGGAAAGAGGACAAUGGAUACAGUUAAGGACGUCUGGGAUUGUCUGGACAUCAUGGAGGAAAGGCUCUUGGACUCGGAACUGUUUCCAUUUCUGAAAACCGUGUAUACGACAGAUGAACGCCUACUAGAAAUAAUAGAUGAUUUUGCCAAAGGAAGUGCCUCUGCGGGAGCGACUGGUGGUCAGUCGAUAGAAGAGACUCGCGCUCAAGAGGUGGCUGAGCAUGUGCACCAACGUACCAAUUUGGAUACAGAAAAUGAAACUACCUCGCAGUUGCAGUCACAACUUUCGGCUUAUGAAAUUGGAAAACAAGCAGGAAUUUGCAUUAUCAUCAAUAAUGAAAUUUUUUUCGACCGCAACAAACACCCACCCAGAUGUGGAACAGAUGUGGAUGGUGAUUCACUUCGCGAGCUGUUUACCAUGUUUGGCUAUGAGAUUGGUUUGCACGAAAAUAAAACGUGCCUGGAAAUCAGGCACCUACUAGAUGAAGUCCGAAAGAAAGACCAUAAGGACAAUGGAGCCUUGGUAGUCUGCAUCCUGAGUCACGGUGACUUUAACACGGUAACGGGUGCCUGUAGUACGGAUCUCGUAAUAGAUGAAAUAAUGAUCCCGUUCCGCGCUGACUGCUGUCCAAGCCUGUCGGGGAAACCCAAACUUUUCAUACUUCAGAUUUGUCAAGGACAAAAAACUCAGCGAAUUGUGUUUCAUCCAACCGAUGCUGUGAAAGCGGAGGGCGACUACAAUUUGACUCAAGACAAGGCGGAAGUGACAGAUUCUCCGACCUUACAUAGGGGACCGUUCUUAGCAGAGGCUGAUUUUUUAAUCGCUUUCGCCACAAUGCGUGGAUAUGCUUCUUAUCGGAAUGGAAAUGGGUCUUUCUUUAUACAAUCCCUUGUAGACCUUCUGAGAAAGCGUUCACCAAGUGAGGAUGUCGUAUCCAUUCUGGUGGAAGUCACUCAUGACGUGAGUCAAAAAAUCGGAAAAACUGAAGAAGGACAAUAUGUUGCUCAGAUUCCUGAAUCCAUAAUUCGCCUGACAAAGAAAUUCUUUCUACAUCCUAUGAAUAGCAAAGUCUAGACCAAACGUUGAAAUUCUUUUGUACACCAGUUGGAGUCGAACAGCCGCUCUUUAUCAUUCUCGUGGGAUCCAUAAUAAAUGUUGAAACGCCGAUUGGACUUAACCCGGUUUCUGUAAUUUUACCAUAAAGAGGACCACCACCCGAGUGUCGAUCAGGUUAUAGUACAGCCGAGUGUCGAUGGAGAUGUGCAGUGGUUCUUAUUUAUGCUGCUUGUAAUUUCAUGCCAGUAAUCGUCCCAAACCUUUCUGGACUGGACAUUACUAGUAAAAUCCCUACAGAAAUUCCGGAAUUUAUAAUUGGUGGAAGACUAGUCUUGUUGUACAUGCUUGCAUAUUUGUUGCUUUCUGUCGAAAUAAAUUAUGAAAAUAAAUAAAUUAAGAAAUGA